AAAGCAAGAGUUUUAGAAAUUUUUCAAAAUUUGUAAAGUUCAAUUUCAAUUUGAAAUGAGAAAAAUGUAUAAAUAUUUUAAAAGUUUAUUCCUUAUUAUUAGCUGCUCAUUUGUAGUAAUAAAUUCUGCUAUUAUUCUAAUGGAACAGAAAAUUAGAGAGAAAUAUUUUAUUACUUUCUAUUCAAAUUUCGGUAUCAUAAAAAAUUGUGAAAAAACUAAUGACACCAUUAAAAACUUCUUCAAUCCUACACUUGAAGAGAUUAUAAACCUUGAAAAAUUAGAAGAAUUAAUAAAUUUUGUCACUGGUAUAAAGGAUAAACCAUGUACAAACGAGGCUAAAAAUUUAACGAUAGAGGAAACCAAAAUUUGGGGCCUUCUCGUUGAAGACCGAUUGAAAUAUAAUAUAAGCAUUACAGAAAUUCAGAUGGGAAUGAAAUAUUCUUUGGAGCAAGUUGUAUCUAAUCUAUAUGUUAAUAUUUGGAAAUUUCGCUGUCCUUAUUAUAAUGAAUUUGAUUUCUCACAAAUACUGUUAAAAAGACAUGUUGACCUCUUAAAACAGCAAUUGAGCUGGUAUAAAAAUAUUACAUCAGAUUCUAGUGAUACUCAACGUAAUCAUUUGCAUUUGUGUGCUCGUUAUUUUGAAAUUAUUGAAAUUGAUAUGAACGGCAUAAUUUCUGAAUGUACAGAUGAAAAAAAAACAAGGAAUAUGAAAAUGAUGCAAGAAAGGAAUUGAUUGAAAUCUGGAAUUAUUUACACUCCCCUAUUAAUAAUUCAAGCUCUGGAAAAGGCAAUGAAACAGACUCUGGAAUAAGCAAUGGAACAGAUUCUAGAAAAGCCAAUUUUUGGUCAAUUACUAUCUAUACAUUAAUGUCUACAUUACUAUCUACAUUACUAUCUACAUGUAACACCAUGUUAUAAUCGGGAGAGUGACAAACAGUGGGACACUUUUUUUUUCAAAGACAUAUUAAUAUGUCAAUUUUAUAUAUUUUUGAACACUAUUUGGUAUUACCAUAAAGUUUGAACUCUUUUCUACACAAUGCACAUAUUCUAUUAAGAUUAUAUUGUUAAAUAAAAAAAUUUGAAGUUUUUCAAACUUGA